AUGCCAGCUCAAGAUAAGCCCGCUGAAACUUUGGGAGCAACUCAACAAGCGAUUUCAACCCCUCUAGAGGUUAUAGGUAUAGUGCAAAAACAAGAAAGUUGGGUUCCGUAUGAUCUCAAACCCCCUGAGACUUUGGAAGCCGUGCGAAGUACUGCUCCGAAGGCAAAAUCGGAAAGGUCAGAGCAGUCUGCUAUGUGGUACACCAACCAACCUGACGAAACCAUCACUGGCAAACGUUACCAACAACAGGUGAUGCAACUCAGCGAAGCACUGAAGCUCAAACCAAUAUGCCAAAUGCCAUGA